UCAGACUGUGAUAACUUCAAGUCAGUCAAGAAAGUUUUCAUCAAAAAAAUAGAGUUGUUAUGUAUUUGUUGAAUGUAGAAAGACGUAUUUUAAGCAAAAGAGUUCGAACUAUUGUUGUUGUAUCAAUAAAUUUAAAUGCAUAAUGUCGACGAAAUCCUCUGUCGAUUUGCGAGCUGAACUUGCUGAAUUAGUGAAACGAAAAGCAGAAAUAGCUGAUACUCUUGCCAAUUUAGAACGUCAAAUCUAUGCAUUUGAAGGUAGUUAUUUGGAAGAUACACAACUAUAUGGUAAUAUAAUACGUGGUUGGGACAGAUAUUUAGCGAGCAAUAAAAAUGCUAAUAGUAAAGCAGAUAAACGAAAUAGAAAAUUUAAAGAAGCUGAAAGGCUAUUCUCAAAAUCUUCCAUCACCUCUAUGGCUGCAGUUAGUGGACUAGUGGAAAACACCCAGGAAAAAAUUGACCGGUACAGUGAAUCGGAGUCGCAGAUCGGCAACAGCGGUAGCGAAGACAAUUGCAGCCUUGUUAAUUCUCACGGAACGACAGCCAAUAGCGGUAGCAGCAACGGUAAUAAGGAGUCAACCGGAAAAAAUCACUCUGUAAUUGGCCAAUACAGUCAGAACGGAUCUAUCGUCUCUUCUUCCGAAAUCGCUGGACAAUUUGCGAACGGGCAUGCGAGCAACGGCAGUCUCGAGCAUGUCUCUUUAAAGGAGAACACGGGGAAAGAUUCGUCGAAAAAUAAAUCUGGGAAUAGUGCGAAAAAGAACAGCAACAAGAGAUCCAGAAAUAGGUAGAAUAGAUCUGAAGUG